GGCUGUCUGGUUUAUUUUCUGCAAGCCAGAGAGACAGUCAGUGGUAAGGCUCUGGGGACUUUGGAACGCUAUCACCUCCGCUGCAGCUUCUCUUUCUGUUGUUGCUACAGGCCAAAGAGCUGACCACGUCUAGUCGGUUAACUGGAUUGGACUGUCAACUACGUAACGCACCAGUCUACAACCUCUUGGUUUACCAGCCCAGUCCUCCUAUGGAAGAAAUGGAAGAGGAGUUAAAAUGUCCAGUGUGCGGUUCUUUCUAUCGAGAGCCUAUCAUUCUGCCUUGCUCUCACAAUUUGUGCCAAGCAUGCGCCCGCAACAUCCUAGUGCAGACCCCGGAGUCGGAAUCUCCCCAAAGCCGUCGGGCCUCUGGUUCUGGAGUCUCUGAUUAUGACUAUCUGGACAUGGAUAAGAUGAGUCUGUACAGUGAAGCAGACAGCGGCUACGGCUCUUAUGCGGGUUUCGCAAGUGCCCCCACCACUCCUUGUCAGAAGUCUCCCAAUGGAGUCCGGGUGUUUCCCCCCGCCAUGCCACCCCCCGCGGCCCACUUAUCAGCAUCUCUGGCCCCAGUGCCUCGCAACUCCUGCAUCACUUGUCCACAGUGUCACCGUAGCUUGAUCCUAGAUGACCGCGGAUUGCGCGGCUUUCCUAAAAACCGCGUUUUGGAAGGGGUCAUCGAUCGCUACCAACAGAGCAAAGCGGCGGCCCUCAAGUGCCAGCUUUGCGAAAAGGCCCCUAAGGAGGCUACCGUAAUGUGCGAACAGUGUGAUGUUUUCUACUGCGAACCAUGUCGGCUCAGGUGCCACCCACCUAGGGGACCUCUGGCUAAACACCGACUAGUGCCCCCAGCCCAAGGCCGGGUUAGUCGGAGGCUGAGUCCCCGCAAAAUUUCUACCUGCACCGAUCAUGAGCUGGAAAACCACAGUAUGUAUUGUGUCCAGUGCAAGAUGCCCGUGUGUUACCAGUGUUUAGAGGAGGGAAAACAUUCUAGUCAUGAAGUCAAGGCUUUGGGAGCCAUGUGGAAGCUCCACAAGAGUCAGCUCUCUCAGGCUCUGAAUGGAUUAUCAGAUAGAGCCAAAGAAGCAAAAGAAUUCCUAGUGCAGCUGCGAAAUAUGGUUCAGCAAAUUCAGGAAAAUAGUGUUGAGUUUGAAGCCUGCCUGGUGGCCCAGUGUGAUGCUCUCAUUGAUGCUCUCAACAGAAGAAAAGCUCAGCUGCUUUCCCGAGUCAACAAGGAACAUGAACACAAGCUAAAGGUUGUACGAGAUCAGAUAUCUCACUGCACAGUAAAAUUGAGACAGACUACUGGCCUCAUGGAGUACUGCCUGGAAGUUAUAAAGGAAAAUGAUCCCAGUGGUUUUUUGCAGAUCUCUGAUGCACUCAUUAGAAGAGUGCACUUGACUGAGGAUCAGUGGGGAAAAGGGACCCUUACACCAAGGAUGACAACAGACUUUGAUUUGAAUCUAGACAACACACCUUUGCUGCAGUCCAUCCAUCAACUUGACUUUGUACAGAUGAAAGCUUCCUCUCCAGUGCCAGCAGCCCCCCUUCUACAGCUUGAAGACUGUUGCACACACAACAACAGUGCUACAUUGUCAUGGAAACAGCCACCUUUGUCAACAGUGAUAGCAGAAGGAUACAUUCUGGAACUAGAUGAUGGAAAUGGUGGUCAGUUCAGAGAGGUGUAUGUUGGAAAGGAAACAAUGUGCACAGUGGAUGGUCUUCACUUCAACAGCACAUAUAGUGCUCGAGUCAAGGCAUUCAACAAAACAGGAGUCAGCCAAUACAGCAAGACCUUGGUCCUUCAGACAUCUGAGGACACAGAUUCAGAAGAGCAGGCCCUCACUUUUCCAUCAUCUUCAGAAAGAUUACAGCUCCGAAGGAUGAGCCCUUUCUCAUCAACCCUUAAUCUACAGCCCAACUUUUCUGGGAGAUCCUGCUUUGAUAUCCGAUCUUCAGCCCACCAACUGAGUUUACAUUCUUCUUUACAGUCUCUGAAUGCACCAGGAUGCAAUUUUGAGACACAAUCAGCACCUUUCUCCCAAUUAGUUGACAUAAAAAAGCUGGUAGCAGUUGCUUGGUUUGCAUUUGACCCUGGCUCUGCACACUCUGACAUUAUCUUCUCCAAUGACAACCUGACUGUGACCUGCAAUAGCUAUGAUGAUCGUGUUGUGCUAGGAAAGACUGGAUUCUCUAAAGGAGUCCAUUAUUGGGAGCUGACAAUUGAUCGUUAUGACAACCACCCAGAUCCUGCUUUUGGUGUGGCCUGUAUUGAUGUGAUGAAAGAUAUGAUGUUAGGAAAGGAUGACAAGGCUUGGGCAAUGUAUGUGGACAAUAAUCGGAGCUGGUUCAUGCACAACAAUUCACACACCAACAGAACUGAGGGGGGGAUCACAAAGGGUGCCACAAUUGGAGUCCUUCUUGAUUUAAAUAGAAGGACAUUAACAUUUUCUAUCAAUGAAGAUCAACAAGGUCCUAUUGCUUUUGAGAAUAUGGAAGGUCUAUUCUUUCCUGCUGUCAGCCUGAACAGGAAUGUACAGGUAACACUUCAUACUGGACUGCCAAUACCUGACUUCUACUCCAGUAGGGCAUCAAUAGCAUAACAAGAACCAUGCUCAGAAGCCAGCUGCCUUUAUUUAUUCCUAGUUGAAAGAUGGAAAAUGUAUUCAAGAUCAAACCUGAUGACAGUGAAGGAAAAAAAAAAUUGGACAAUUCACCAGUUGUUAACAUCAGAGAGAAUUUGGAAGGAUAAAAGCUGGUCUUCUAUAUUCUUUGUAUUCUAUAAUUCUGCCAUAUAUGCUCUCAAUAUCUCCAAUGUUAACAUGUCUACAUUUGCUUUGGUGUUUAGCUCUUUUGAUCAAUAAUAUGCUUAAAUUUACUGCAUUGUUACCGUGUCCCCUUAUAGGUUUUAUGUUAUUUCAUUUGGGCUUUAAUUUGGAUAAGCUAUUUUCUCUUCAUGAUAGGGCUACCAUGCUUACUCUUCCAAAGUUUUUCCCCAAACAAUUCUAUACUAUAAGGAAGAAUGACUUUCAAAGGAAACAUUUUGAAGAUGUGAUCUCUGUGUAGGAACAUGUAGAUUGCAGCAAUUAUCAGAUUCGUAAAUUGGGCAACAUAACUAAGGUUACUAAGGAAGGGUGACCUGGAUAUUGUCCAAGGAUAUUUAAUAUUUUGAUGGAAUAAAUAAUUUUAAGAUUUCUUACAUUUCCCCCCCUCCAUUUUUUUUACAAUGUCAUUGAUCCUUCAGCACAUAAAAAUAGUAGUUAGUUCAUCUAGGAACCUACCAAAUAGCAUGCUUUGUUCCACUGGUAUAAACCAGAUAAGCCUCUCCUUUUCAUAUUAUCCUAUUUAUCCAAUGGCAUCCUCAACAGUAUCUUUUGUGGUAGCCUAUUAUUUCCUUCUAUGGAUUCUUCUGCUCCUCCAUAAGGCAAUAUUCUAGUAGGGCCCUCUUUUUUACACAAAGCUCUCUACUGUAGUCUCCAACAAGGUGAUAUUGGAUUUAACUCCACCAUGAGGGAAGCAAUUUCUCAAGGUCUCUCUACUCAGAAGAAAACAGUGCCCUGAGAGGAUCUCUAACAUACCUAGUCUCCUGUUCUACUUUUAAUUUGAGAGUAUAUUUAAUGAUGUUCCCCUGGCCUCCAAGGUUGCUAGUUAUGGAUCUACUAAGCAUGAAAUUAUUUUUCUAUUAAUUAGCAUAACAAUAUUAUCCAUAUAGAAAUAAAGCUUUAUAAUUUGUCCAGAAUUUUGUAAUUAGUGAAUGUAUGGAUAUGAGAUCAGCAGAAUAUGAAGUUAAAUAAGAAAAGCCUUUCAUUAUAGUUGCUAUAGUAGAAUUCCAAUAACAGCUGCCACUUUGGCCAUAUAUGCACUUUCAUGUGGUGCCCCCAUUGGAACUAUGUUAACAUAUAUCAUGGAAUUUUUCUGUAAUUGAGAUAAUAUUGGUUCUCCAAUAUAUUAAAAGUGCAAAGGAACUCCAACCUUAAAAUAAAAGCUGUGAGAGCACUCUUUAUUCUUUCUGUUGGAGAGAAUUUUUCAGCUUAGGCUUUUUUUAACAUCACCUCCAGUCUACCCACAACAAAUUCACAUUCUCCUAAAAUGUCUCAAAUUAUACUCCAUGGAAUUCAUAUACUAAGGAAUUUGCUUUUUUUAACAUACUUGCGCCCAUCCACCAUGUCUAGUAUAAAUAAUAUAUAUGUAUAUAUACAUAUAUAUACAUAUAUAUUAUUUAUACUAGGCAUAUCAGUUCAUUUUACUAUCACUCAGAUAAAUCUUAGAGAGGGAAAAAUUAGACUUCUUAUAUAUGACUCCAGAAUGUUAACUCUUCCUAUUUCUGUAUAGAAUUAAUUGCAUGAAAUUUGCAGUGACAUUUCUUGGCUUUCUUCAUUUCAUAAAACACAUUAAAUAAGCUUUAAUAGAAAAAAGUCAUGUUUAGUUGUACAUUGAUUUAUUUGCUAAUGUACCAUGAAGUUUGAGCAGUAAUUAAUCAAAUAGAGGAAAUGGGAAAAUAAAUUUAGAUAACACAUUAGUGCUCUAGAAAAAAGUCUGUAAAUAACCACUUUUAAAUUUUACUUUUUAUCUGCUUUGCUCUUCAAGUUUAAAUUGACCUAAUGUAUGAAUGGGUGCUAUUUUCUUUCCAUCCAUUUCAGUUGUUCUUCGCUACAGAAAAACUCUGUUGCAGGUCAACACUAAUUCAAUAUUUGUUUUAAUUUCCAAUGAAUCUCAAUGGCUGGACCAAUAUAGAGUCAAAGUGAUCAUUAGUUCUUUGUGGGAUUGUUUCUGCCAAUUAGAUUUUUAGUGACUUCUUCACAUGUUGUUUAUGUUACAUUGUAUUUGUAGUUGCAUAUAGCUGCUGUACUAAGAAAUUAUCACAUUGUUCCAAUAAAUCACUUUUAUGGGAGAACAUUGAA